GCACACCACUCUUCUCUCAACUCUGAUUCCAACUCCAAUUAUUAAAUAAAAUUUCUUCAUUCGCGGAAAGGAAAGUAUUUUUGUAAUAGUGAUUAGUAGAGAUAGAAACAAUAUUAUAUUUGUUUGUGAAAUCAAAGGCAUCAGCAGCCUUGUUUCUAUAAGUAGGGAGAGUGAAAAUUUUUAGCUUACUUUCAGAAAGGGACCCUUUUUUCUUCUGUUGGAAUUCCUGAAAUCUGAAUCAGUGGCCCCUGUGCUCUGCCCUGUUUCUGUCCGCCGUUGAAUUGUCGACAUUUGGGUCUCCUCCAUAACUCCUUUUAGCCGCUUCUAGGGUUUCUUUUACCUUCUAACUUUCCCCAACCCCAUCGCCACCCGUUACUGCGACUCGCUCGCCUCAUUUGUGACCCCUUUUUGCCGCUUGCUUUUUGGGUGCCCGAUUCGUUUUGGGAGAUUUAAUUGCUUCAUGAAUUAAUCUGUUCAUCUAUUUCACUGCAGACUGGACGAGUGAUCUAUCUUGUUGAUUUUUAUUUCUCUGCUACGGGUUUGGCAUGUUUCUCAAUAAGGAAAGGACAUUGCUGAAUGAGAUAGCACUGCAAAUUCAGUCCGAGCAUCGGUGAAGAGCGCUGUAUGGUUCUUAUUUGCAAUAAGAUUUGAUUGUUGGUUUUAUUCAAACAAUAUAUCUGCUGAAAUGGAUGAUGGAGAGCUUGAUUUCCCAAGUGACCAAAUGUUAUCGUGCUUGGAUAUGACUAAUGCUCAGAGCAGUUGCUCAUUUGACAUAGAUGAGUUUCUUGGUCGGACACAGGCCUGCAAUGAUGCUCUUGGGCGGACAGAGGCUUAUACUGAUGUUCUUGGUCGAACGCAGGCCUGCACCCAUGCCCAUGCUUGCAACCCAUCUGGCCCUGAUAAGUCCCACACACACACCUGUAUUCAUGUUCAUACCCAAAUUAUGCCAUCCCCUAGUGAACCCCAGGCUCCCAGUGAUGACACUGCUGAGUCAGUAGAGAAAAAAGGUAAAAAAAGGCCAUUGGGUAAUCGUGAAGCUGUCCGCAAAUAUAGGGAAAAGAAGAAGGCUAGGACUGCAUCGUUGGAGGAUGAAGUUAUUAGGUUGAGAGCUUUGAAUCAGCAGCUAAUGAAGAGGCUGCAAGGUCAGGCUUUGUUGGAGGCUGAGAUUGCUCGGCUGAAGUGCUUGCUUGUAGACAUCAGAGGGAGGAUCGAAGGAGAAAUUGGCGCUUUCCCUUACCAGAAACCAACCAAGAGUGGAGAUGUCUAUCAAAACAUUGCUAAUCCUAACCUUCCAGGCACUUACGUGAUGAAUCCGUGUAAUAUGCAGCGGAAUGAUCAGCUCUACUGCCUUCACCCUGGAUCAGAAACUGCGUUAAAUGGCCAAGGCCUUGGGGAUUGUGGAUUUGACAAUCUUCAGUGUUUGGGGAAUCAAAGUUCUGAUCAGAAGGAGCUCCCUGAUUGUGGACUUGGCAAUGCUAACGUUGUUUCUGGUGGCAAUACUUCCAGCAGCAGUAAGAGAAAAGCAGGGGGACGUGCUGCAAUGGCUAGUUAAAGAGCUAAUCAGGUGGAGGUAUCUUGUUAUUGAGAAUGAGUAUUUGCUGAUUUCAUUUCCAUCUUCUUUUUAGGAUUAGCCGUGGCAUCUUUUCUUAAUAAGCUACUGUUGGCAAGACGUAGAGCUCUGUAGCUGGGGUCUAGUUGGUUUUCCAUGUAUAUUGGUUUUUAUUGGCAAUGCAUUGUAAAGUAGGAUGCUGGGAGCAUAGCUAGCAGAAACUGAGGGAAAAGGAGAGGAAGAUUUUGGUUUUGCAAGGCCUUAUUAGGUUUCUCUGUCAGCCUCACGGUAUCAGAAGGACGAGAUAUUUGUUAUUUCAUUCGAUGUGUUUUGACUGUAUUCUUAGUCAUAAUAUCUGUUCCUUUCACAA